GCUCUGGCGAAUGGUUUGCGCGUUUAUUGUUCUUUUCAAAAAAUUAAAUUGCAACUCAUAUAAAAACACAAACUUAACAGCUUCUACGUUCGAUGUUGCUCUACGUAAUCAUUACCGGUCUGGCUUUUAUUGCCGCCUGGCUCUAUAAGCUCAAUCGAGAUUAUUGUGUAAUGGCAUUUUUUGCAAAACGCUUAAAAACAGUAGACGGCACGCCGCUGGAGAAUAUUGUACCUCAGGCGAAGGCAGAGACAAUAUUCGCAAAUGUUUUCGAUUGUUUUGGUGCUGAUAAUGUGGCACUAUUCGAGAACAGUCGCAUUUCGGCUACAACUUUGAGAAAAAGUUAUGUAGAAUAUGGUUUAUUUACGACUUUUUAUAACAUAAUCACCGCCGAAGAUGCUGAGCUACUGCUGAAUGAUAAGAAUUUAAUUACCAAAGGCAUAGCAUACUAUUUCUUGGAGCCAUUUUUGCACACAGGCUUGCUAACAUCAACAGAUAAAAAAUGGCAAACGCGCAGAAAAUUAUUAACACCUGCAUUCCAUUUUAAUAUACUUGGACAGUUUGAGGAGGUUUUCAAAGAGGAAAGUCAAAAAUUCGUCGACCAGCUAAAUAGCAUUGAUACAAACUCAAUCACUUUAAAUGAAAUCAUACCGAAAUUCACAUUAAAUAGCGUUUGUGAGGCCGCCUUGGGCGUCAAACUGGAUGAGCAACUGGAUGACCAGCAAUAUCGUGGGAGUUUCAAAAUGAUCGAAGAAGCAUUUAUCGCACGCAUCAGAAAUCCAUUCUAUAUGAUCGAUACCAUAUAUAACGUAUUCAUGGCGCCGAAAAUGGAAAAACAUUUGAAAACUGUACAUGGAUUCUCCAGCAAUAUUAUUCAUAAGCGGCGUCAGCUAUUUGCGGCAGAGUUGGAACAUAAUGCGACAAAGGAAGCAAAUGAAAUGGACAAUAGUUUUGGCAAAAAGAAACGCUACGCCAUGUUGGAUACACUCUUGCACGCCGAGCGCAAUGGACUAAUCGAUCAUGCAGGCAUCUGUGAGGAGGUGGACACAUUUAUGUUUGAGGGAUUCGACACCACAUCGAUGGCGCUAAUAUUUACACUAAUGAAUCUAUCGCUGUUUCCGAAAAUGCAGGAGCAAUGCUAUCAAGAAAUACUCGAAUAUGUCGAUGCUGAUCUUAGUAAUUUAGACGUCAAUCAAUUGGGUAAACUCAAGUACCUGGAGUGUUUCGUGAAGGAGACUCUACGCCUGUAUCCCUCCGUGCCUGGUAUAAUGCGAAAGGCGAUACGUGACACAUAUCUCGCCAAUAAUGUUUUUCUGCCCGCGGACACACAAAUCUCCAUACAUAUUUUCGAUAUACAUCGCAA